GAUUCUUAACCUGUUACCAAACAGCCCAAAGGGUUUAGGUUUGCGCGCAACGACAGUACCAAAAUCCCACUGUUGCUAGUCCACAGGUUCCUUCGUCAUAGCCAUUGUCCUCUUCUUUCUCCGAAUCAGUUCGUCAGUUUUUGAAGAAGUAAUAGGAGCAAAUAUCAGAGUUGAGUAAAUGUGGUAUCUCUGUGUGUUCUAUCACCGUCUUUUGGAUUACCGGAAGACCGAGGUCGAGUCUCUGGCCGAGUUGUUUGGUGAAAAUGGCGACCACAAAGGGAAGAAGUUGGAGUGGAAGCUUCCUCUUCACCAUCACCCCGAUUCUCCUUUCCAUUUCGUCGACCUCUCUUCAGACGAUAUCGCUCGGAGCAUUGCUAAUCGAAGUAUACUAGUGAAGGGGAUGUAUGAACUCUGGGGUCAAGGAAGUGACUACGAGGAGCUAGAGGAGUCUAUUAGAAAUUUUCCGGAAGAACGGAAGUUCCCAUACUUACAACCCGGAAGCUCUUUCAAGAUUUCUGUAGAGAGCUUUGGGAAGGCUAUCAGCUUCCAGGAACAAAAUGAACGUAUUCAGGGGCUAGCAUACAUCCCUUUCAAGGGUCAAGUUAAUUUAAAAAGUCCAGAUCAUAAAUUUUGUCUUUUGGAAACUGCUGAUUAUGGACUCAAUAAUGGACUUCCACCAAUUGCUCAAAGGAGAAUUUUUUUUGGCCGGGAGGUCGGUGGCGCCGAUAGGAAGCUUAUACCAACAUAUCAGUUAAAAAGUCGCACUUAUCUUGGGCCAACUGCCAUGGAUGCUGAAAUGGCUUUCUUAAUGGCCAACCAAGCAUUAGCAACAUCUGGAAAACUUGUCUUUGAUCCUUUUGUUGGCACUGGGAGCAUUCUUGUUGGUGCAGCUCAUUUUGGAGCAAUGACAAUGGGGGCAGACAUUGACAUUAGGGUGGUACGUGAUGGUCGUGGCCCUGAUUGUAAUGUUUGGAGCAACUUCAAGCAGUAUGGCUUACCACCUCCAAUUGCACUGUUAAGAGCAGAUAAUAAUCUUCCUCCCUGGCGUCCAGGAUUGAAGGAGAUUUUUGAUGCAAUCAUUUGUGACCCUCCUUACGGAGUGCGUGCCGGAGGGCGUAAAUCUGGUGGUCGGAAAUUAUUAAAAGGAAUCGUUGCUCCUUACACUGUUCCAGAUGACAAGAGAACAGACCAUAUACCAUCAACUGCAUCUUACAGCCUUGUUGAGUGUGUACAUGAUUUACUUGACCUUGCUGCCAAGAUGCUUGUGAUGGGUGGCAGACUUGUAUUCUUCUACCCUAUGUUGAGGGAAGAAGAUUGUGUGUUUAACCAAUUCCCAGAGCAUCCUUGCUUUACAUUAAUCAGUUCGUCUGAGCAGAUAUUGAGCUCUCGAUACAGCCGAGUUUUGCUAACUAUGGUGAAAAGAAGUUCAUAUACUGAAGAAAUUGCAGAGGCAGCAAGAUUAAAACAUGAAGAAUUCCGGGAGAACCAUUUGAAGUGGUUAGAAGAUGGUAAUCUUCAUUCUGCAGUUUUUAGUCCCUCCGUUAAUCGUCAGCUUGGUGUUGCUGGCAAUGGCAAUGUGAGUAAAGACCCAAAACCAAAAUAUCGAGGAAAGUAUGUGUAAUUAGAAGUUAUUGUUGGUUUUGGUUUUGCUAAUUUUCUGUCCAAUGGAUUUUGUUUAUGUUCAUGUAGUUUGAAAGAGUAGUAUCUGAGUUAAUUUUUCUAUAUGCAUAAAAUUGCAGGUUAAAUGACCUUAAA